UCCUCCUCCAACAUUGCCUCAGCGCAGUCCGCUUGGCAAUAUGCCCCUCUAUUGCUCAGGGACAUUCUACACCACAUAUUUGUGCUCAGUGUUUGUAGUUUUAUUUUUAGCAGAUCUUUUGUAUUUUUACUCCAUGCUGAUUCACUUUAGAUUGACAUAUUUAUUGUAGCUGGUUUAGAGCAUAAGCUGUUUAAUGGGGUUUAGGUGCUGGAAGAAUUUUUUUCUCUGUAGAUUUAUGUAUGAAAUUGCCAUUGCUUCAAUAGCUUUUUAUUUCUAGUGUUUGUCUUCAAGUGAUUGUGUAUACACACAAAUGUGACCAAGGUGACCGAGAAGUGAAUUAGGGGACAUAUCUUUCUGAAUAUGUAUGAGCAUCGUAUUUGUAUUUAUGGGUUACUUAGAGUAUUAGUGUGUUUAAGACCCAGUAAAGCAAAUAAAGGUCCUGAACCUGCAAAGAUCUAUUCACGUGUACCUUUUUGUACUCACAAUGUGUAAAGUUAAGCCAAAGGGCCUAAUCCUGUAAAAUGCCAGAAUUUAAAAUUUUAAUUUAAGUUGAGAAUUUUGUGCAUGGAGUGCUUGCAGGAUGGAUCCAGGGUUGACUGUUGUUUAGAAUCAUAGAAAUGUAGGGUUUAAAGGGACCACCAGACUUCAUCUAGUUCAUUUCCCUGUGCUGAGGCUGGUUGAUUGCCUGGGAUUAAAUGAAGUAAAAUUUUGGCCCAUGGUCUUAAAUUUGUCCUGUGUCAUGGAUGAGGCUGCUUUGUCCCUUGGAACAAUAGAUGUUUCCUAUUUGGCCUCUUCAGCAGAAUAUGCUGUCACUAGAUGUAAGCACUCCAGUGAAGAAUGGGGAGAGUGCAAUUCGAGGCCUACUGUCUUCCGAUCUGCGACUUUAAAAUGGAAAGAGACACUACUGAGCAGAAAAAGGCCAUUUGUGGGACGCUGUUGCUACAUGUGUACUCCCCAAAGCCGGGAUAAACUUUUCAAUGCUAGUAUCCCUUCUUUGGGCCUACGCAAUGUCAUCUAUAUCAAUGAAACGCACACAAGGUACAGAGGGUGGCUGGCAAGACGGCUCUGUUAUGUUCUUUUUGUGCAAGAACGAGAUGUGCAUAAGAGUAUGUUUGCCAACAAUGUGACAGAAAAUGUGUUGAACUGCAGCAGAGUGCAGAAGGCCAUUGUAGAGGAGGCUUCUGUAUUAAGUGCUGCAGGUACUUGGACAGACCUCAAGGCCAUCAGCAAAGUGAAGAAAAAAGCUAGAAGAAUUCUCCAAGAAAUGGUAGCAAACAUCUCACCUGCUUUGAUCAGGUUGACUGGUUGGGUGUUACUGAAAUUAUUUAACAGCUUCUUUUGGAACAUUCAGAUCCACAAAGGCCAAUUGGAGAUGGUCAAAGCAGCCACCAAGAUGAAUUUACCUCUUAUCUUCUUGCCUGUUCACAAAUCUCACAUCGACUAUCUGCUCCUCACAUUCAUUCUUUUCUGCCAUAACAUCAAAGCACCGUACAUUGCUGCAGGGAAUAACCUCAACAUUCCCAUCUUCAGCACAUUGAUCCGCAAGCUGGGAGGCUUUUUCAUUCGGAGGAGGUUGGAUGAGAACCCUCAUGGACGUAAAGAUGUCCUUUAUAGAGCUUUGCUGUAUGUGCACAUAGAGGAGUUGCUUAGACAGCAGCAGUUCUUAGAGAUAUUCCUGGAAGGGACGCGUUCUCGGAGUGGAAAAACAUCCUGUGCCAGAGCAGGUCUCUUAUCUGUGGUGGUAGAUGCUCUCUUCACAAAUGCCACCCCUGACAUACUAAUUAUACCUGUGGGAAUCUCCUAUGAUCGCAUCAUUGAAGGUCACUAUAACAAUGAACAGCUGGGGAAGCCUAAGAAGAACGAAAGCCUUUGGAGCAUAGCCAGAGGAGUCUUCAGAAUGCUGCGGAAGAAUUACGGUUGUGUCAGAGUAGACUUUGCACAACCAUUUUCCUUAAAAGAAUACCUAGACAGCCAAAGUCAAAAACCUAUGCCUGCCAUGCUAUCUUUGGAGCAAGCUCUCUUACCAGCUAUACUUCCUUCACGGCCUAAUGAUGUUGUGGAUGAAGGUACAGAGGCUGCGCUGGGUGAUUCCAGGGAUUUAUCCAGUGAGCCCUUUAGAAGACAGUUGAUAGCCAACUUGGCUGAGCAUAUAUUGUUCACUGCUAACAAGUCAUGUGCUGUGAUGUCAACACACAUAGUUGCCUGUUUGCUGCUCUACCGACAUAGGAAGGGAAUUGACCUUUCCAAGCUGGUGGAAGACUUCUUCUCUAUGAAGGAGGAGGUCUUGGCCCGUGACUUUGACUUGGGAUUUUCAGGAAAUUCAGAAGAUGUUGUCAUGCAUGCCAUCCACCUAUUGGGGAACUGUGUAAAUAUCACAAACACCAGCCAAAACAAUGAGUUCUUCAUCACUCCCAGCACAACUAUUCCUGCUGUCUUUGAACUCAACUUCUACAGCAAUGGUGUACUGCAUGUCUUCAUCAAAGAGGCCAUUAUUGCCUGCAGUCUUCAUGCAGUGCAGAGUAAAAGGUAUAGAAAUGGCAUCAAUAGCGUUCCUCCCAACAUGAUUAGCCAAGAACAACUGGUCCGCAAAGCCGCCAGCUUGUGCCACCUGCUUUCCAAUGAAGGCGCUAUAUCCUUGCCUUGUCAGAUGUUAUACCAAGUUUGCCACGAGGCAGUCGAAAGGUUUAUACAAUAUGGCAUUCUUUUGGUGGCAGAGCAAGAUGAUCAGGAGGAUAUUAGCCCUAGCCUUACAGAGCAGCAAUGGGGUAAAAAGCUUCCUGAACCCUUGUCUUGGAGAAGUGAUGAGGAGGAUGAAGACAGUGACUUUGGAGAAGAACAGAGGGAUUGCUACCUGAAGGUGAACCAAUCCCAAGAACACCAGCAGUACAUCACCUUCCUGCAAAGGUUACUGGGACCUUUACUUGAAGCCUACAGCUCAGCUGCCAUCUUUAUGCACAACUUCAGUGGACCUGUGUCAGAAACAGAAUACCUUCAUAAGUUACACAAGUACCUAAUAACCAGGACAGAGAAGAGUGUUGCAGUGUAUGCUGAGAGUGCCACCUAUUGUCUUGUGAAAAAUGCAGUGAAGGUCUUUAAAGAUAUUGGGGUUUUCAAGGAGACAAAACAAAAGAAAGAGACUUUUUUGGAACUGAGCAGUACUUUUCUACCUCACCGCAACCGGCAAAAACUACUGGAAUUCAUCCUGAGUUUCAUUGUACUGUAGACCACGUUUACUACCUUUUGCCAGGGAGAUGAAACCAGGUUCUGCGAUUUGGUUCAAAACAUGAGGGCAUUUCCUAGUCCUUCAGAGUAUAAGGUGCCCUUGUUUGUUUGGUAAGGUCUUAUCUGACUUGAACCACUGGAAGACAGUGCCUUCUUAUGUAUGCAUUUGUGGAUUUCUGAUGGUCCCAAUGCUGUGAUAAUACAGUAAUACAACAGGUAACACUUUGGAUGCAAGCGAUCAGUCGUGUUUGCAGCAAAAAAAAUAUUAAAACUAGAAUUAAAAUGAAAACUGACAUUUUAUCAGAGUUACAUUUUACAUAAUUACUUUUAAAGACUAAUGACUGUGACAGGUGCACAAAUGCAGAUAUUAGUGAUUUAUAGCUAGCCCUGAGAUCUUGAAUUUAGAGGAAAAACACUGCUUGUGACAAAAAAAGUAACGUGAAGGCUGUUACUUCAGAAAAUUUGUCAUCUCAUUCCUAUCCGGUUUAUUGUUUAAAAUAAAUGGUUUAUAAAGAUAUGCAUGGACAGUGCAUACUUUAUGGAAAAAGCCAUAGUUUUUCAUAAUUGUUAGCAUCUAGAAUGAAUGCCAAAAUCUUAAUGAGAAUAACAAUCAAUUGAGUAGCAAACUAGUGCUAUCGGGACUGCAUAAUGCAAUGGUAAAUUGUACUAAACGCUGUUGUCAUGGUAGUAUGUGAUAGCACAGUUUUACUAGGGCUUGCUAUCCCUUACCCCUAAUAGAAAUAGGGAAUUAAUUUGCCUAAAACAUGAAUGUAUUCUAACCACUUACAUUUUGUAUCUAAUAAAAAAGAGUUGUUUAGCUAA